AUGUCCGAUAACCAACCCAGUGAGCUUUCUCGUAUGAAUGCUUUUGUGGCAAAAGCACCUCAGGACAAUUAUAAUAUCGACCAGUACAAACAUCAGCUGUGUAGACAGUUACCAAGCGGUCAGGAAGAAUGUCUUAAACUGAAGUUGGAGUGUAAGUAUAUUAGGUGGUUUAUUCUGGUUCAGGUUCUGGUUCUGGUGGUUUUGGUAAAGAGUUAUCGAUUAAUUAACAAGCGGGUUGUAUUAGUUGUUGAGAUGUUUGCAGAGAUGCAGAAACUUGGGUUUUUCUGUGCUCUUCCCAUGGACCCAACCAAGACCCACAUGGAGUGUCAGCGAUUAUAA